AUGGCGUUGAUUUUUGGCGUUCUGCGUUUGGCGUAUUUUAAAAAUUUGAAAAGUUUUAAACGUUCGUUCCUAAGAAUUCGAACUAAUAACAACUUAAUUGAUGUUUUGUUUGAAGAAAAUUGGAAAAUAAUUACAACGGAUUUUUUCGAGAUAAAAAGGAAGAUGGGGAAAGAAUGCCUUCCCUGUUCUUGCUUACACGCGGAUAAGCCGGGACGAGUAACAACCCUUUCUCUACACUCAUUUAUCUUUUAUUUUUUUUAAAAUUAUUUCCUCCUAAACUAUGUACUUGUUCUAUUUGGAAUUUAUUUUUUGAGUUCGAAUCCAGAUCCGGACCGGGGUUUCAGGCCUGGUAGAACAGAAACACAAGGUAUUUUGAUAAAAUCAGGUUUUUGG